GUCCAAGGAUGGCCAGCGAGCAGGAGUGCGGGCAGGUGCAGGGCAGUGAAUCUGAUGGUACCUCUGAGGAUGACAAAGGUAACGACAGUUCCAGCAGUGACUCAGAGAGCUCUGAAAGCGAAUCUGAGACAAAUGAGGCAAAUGAAAAUGAACCACUUGAAGCAGAAGAGAAAGAGUUACAGCUGUAUUGCAGUAAAUCAGUUGAACAACCAGAAGAAAAAGAGUUGCAGAAUGGUGGUGAAUCCAAAGUUAACAUCCAGCAAUGCUGUAAACACUGCAUAAUCCAAAAAAAGCAACAUGAACAAGUCACUCCCAGAAGAUUUCUGAAAGGACAGUUUUGCUUGAAGCUGGAUUGUGAAGGAACUUUUGAAUGUACAGCGACAGGAUUAAUUUUUGAAGUAACCAGAUCUGUUACCAUUGAAUAUUCAGUUUUGUCUUGGACCAAAUAUGCUGCUUAUGUUAAAGAACCUUGGAUUGUCGUGGGCCCUAUAUUUGAUAUCAAAUGUUCCUCUUCUGCUCUUACUUCGAUUCAGUUUCCACACACCCUCUGCCUGAAUGAUCACUUGUCUGAGAAGGCCUUCAAAGUAUUCCAUUUCAAAAAGAAUAGUCCGGAAUUUGAAAGCUCCAUUGAUCAUUCAACCACACAUGUCAAGUGGCACGUGAGCUCACUAUCUCCAGUUGGACCAGUAAUUGAGAGAUAUGAUCCAGUAUAUUAUCACGGGGUAGUCAUUUUAUAUAAAGUUAUCAACAAUCAUCCCUCCUUGAAAUUCCGUGUAUAUAUAGCUACAAAUAACAAUUCAUUUAUAAAGGAUAUAUCCAAAACUGUAAGACGAUCUCUUAAUAAAUUCAUUAAAAUUGAAAAACCUCCUUGUCAUAAAUUAUUGCAAAAUGGAAAGAAAUACAGAUUAACUAGUGAUCCAGAAGCAGACAUAACACCUGAGGAAAUUCAGUUUGGAGAUGACUCUACCCUGGCAGAGAAGCCUUUCUUUGAGGUAUAUUUAGAACAGCCAAUGGAACUUAUGUUAUCUUUGGUGGAUUUGGAGUCCGAAGAAAUUGUGUGGAAGGCAAAGCUCAGAGAAUCUGAUUGGACUCUACAUAACCAGAAUGAUAAUGAGCAGGAGAAAUCUCUUAAGCGUGUUGGGAAACGAAAAGCUACCACCAAACUUGAAAAUGAAGUUUGCUGUAAGCGACGAAAAAUGCCAGACAUCACAGAUGGAACGAACAGUAAUUACUUGUUAACAGAUCAUCAGUUGAUGGUUCUCGCAAUGAAAAUGGGUAAAGACUGGAAAGUCAUUGGUAUUGGAUGCCUGAAGUUGACCUUGCAAGAUAUCGAACAGAUUGAAGCAAAAGAAGAAGAUGUUAAUAUGUAUAAAUGUAUGAUGUUGCGGAAGUGGAGAGAUUCUGAACAGAAUAAUGGAACAGCCCAUAAUUUAUAUAAAUGCCUUGAUGGUCAAGUAUCCCACGAGCUGCUAGAACUCCUGAAAGGUUUUUUGCAGCAAACGUGAGUUCAUAUGGAACCAAUUUCAAAGAGAAAUAUUGGGAAUAUUCUUUUGUAAAUUUUCCAGGAAUUUUAUUGUGAACUUAGCAACACUUUAAAACUAAGAAAAGAAAAUAAUGGACCAAUUAUUGAAACUCAGGAUUAAAUAUGGUUUGAGAAGGAAGCAAAGUGAGUGGAAUCAUGAACUUCUGCAAAGGCAUUUCCCCAUACAUUUUACUCACAGGUUCCCAGAGACAUUUGCACAAUCAACAAUUCCUUCACUCCCAGGAGAACUGGUGCUUUCCCAAAAUGUUUUCAGUUUUUGUUUGUUUAUUUGGAUGAGGUGAGCCUUUCUUUCAUUCCCCACCCCCUAUGAAAAUCAUCAACCUGGCAUAGUGUUGUAAAGGCACUUUCUAACUGCAUGCCCCAAAAUAGAAACAUUCAAACUUUAUAGGGAGCCUCAAAUGUUCUCAUUCUAAAUUCUACUAUAGCAUUCAGACUUUUUUCUGGAUACCAUGCUUAGAAAUGAAAUUUCUGGUGUCUUGAGGCAUGUUUGUUUCAGUUAGUGUAAUAAACAAAACUUGGGUUUCCUCAGAGGUUUAUUAGGAAUUCCUCAGUGAAACAACUAAUAAUGAAAUAUUUGUUUCUUGGAAGAUAUAAAGAUUGUCCUUACCGUUCUUCUGCAAGAUGCAACUGAAGGUCAUGUUGGAUGCGUUUUACUUUUUCUGUGGUAUUAAUUCACCCCUGGACUUCGUUCCAUAGUUUUUAUUUAGAGGGCUGGCAAAAUGUUUAGAACAGUGUUUUUCAACCUUUUUUGUGCAAAGGCACACUUUUUUCAUGAAAAAAAUCACGAGGCAC